AUGUAUCCAGAGAAGUCCUUAGAGGAACUUUCAGGGCAAUCGCGUGUCUGCCUCAUUGCGUCCCUACGGACAUUCGCGAUUCCAACAUGGCUGCUGGGACUAGCCGUGACCGCUGGGUCCGCGGAAGCCAUGUUGGCAGGUGCAAUCAGUAUGCCAACCGACAUCGUAGUUACGUCGGCCUCGGCCACGGUUUCAGAGGAGACAAGCAGAGGUCGGGACCUAAGCCUUGGACAGUCUCCAAGAUCAGGUCCCUCUUCUGCAGCCUCGUCAUCCUCCAGUUCUAACGCGGCGUCAACCUCAAGAGGAUUUGAUCCAUCUAGCACUCUCGCCUAUCAUCAUCACCGCCAUAGCUUGGUAACUGGUCUGGGUCAUGCUCAUCACCGAGAAUCAUCAGCCUUUGUGCCUGUGGUGCCUUCAAGAUUACAACUCACUCCGUAUCCAGGUGAAAUACAUCCCCAUCUACCCGGACCACCGCCCUCUUCCUCAUCGUCAUCGAAUUCGGAACAUGAAGUCGGCCCUGAAUCUUCAGUAGCCAGAAAAAGCUCCUCGAGUUACGAUAUUAUGGCGAUGAUGGCCGACAAGAGAAAAGAAUUGGCGAGAGGUCUUUUAUUACCACCGCAUCCUCUCCUUGAGCCACCUGGGUAUCCGGUAUUUGCCGGCCCUUUUCCAGGCAGUUCCGCAUUGUAUCCCCCAGGUGGUCCAUUAGCCCAUCAGCAUCUGGAUCGAAGGUUACUCAGAGCACCUGGCAGGGCAUCUAGACCGAAGAAACAGUUUAUUUGUAAAUUCUGUAAUCGACAAUUUACAAAAUCAUACAAUCUUCUUAUUCAUGAGAGGACUCAUACUGAUGAAAGGCCGUAUUCUUGUGACAUAUGUGGCAAGGCGUUCAGGCGGCAGGAUCAUCUUAGGGAUCACAGGUAUAUCCACAGUAAGGAGAAGCCUUUCAAAUGUGGUGAAUGUGGUAAGGGCUUUUGUCAGAGUCGUACUUUAGCAGUUCACAAGAUUUUGCAUAUGGAAGAAUCUCCACACAAAUGCCCUGUUUGCGCGAGAAGUUUUAAUCAGCGUAGUAAUCUCAAGACGCAUCUUUUAACGCACACGGACCACAAACCUUACGAAUGUACGUCAUGCGGCAAAGUAUUCCGCAGAAAUUGCGAUCUCAGGAGACACGCACUGACACAUGCCGUGGGCGACGUUCCUCCAGAGGCAUUAGAAGAGGCAUUGAGGGACGAUGAUAGUCCCGAAGAGGAUUGCCCUGAGCCUGGGCCAUCUUCCUCAUCGACGUCCACAACACCGUCCGUAUCUUCUGCAUCUUCUAGUUCAACUGGAUAUCCUUCCCAAUCUUCAGUCCCACCAUCUACGCCUACAGCAUCGGCCUCAGCACCACCUCUUCCUCAGAGACCUCAACUUCAGAUUAGAAGGGAUUUAUUACCCGCUGUGAAAACAUCAACGGUGACCAGCGGAGCUACUGCUCCACAUUCUGUCACCCAAAAUCCACCGGCUGCCCUUCCACCACCACCCCCACUCAUUUUGGCUUCUUACCGACGAAGAAUUGGCUCUCCAGGUCCUUCCAGAGUAUUUCUAGAACUUCAAGAGCGUGAACGCGAGAGAGAACGAGAGAUGGAGCAAAACAGAGAAAGAGAACGUAACAGAGAACGUGACAAGGAAAUAGCUAGACCACCGAGAGCACCAACACCACAACCACCACCACCACCACCUAGACCUGCACCAGCACGUCAAGGUUUUACCAUUGCGGAUAUAAUGGGUCGAUAGAAAAUUUGUCGCAGGUAGUUUUCCUGUGCUUGAAUUUCUCUUUUAUAUAGGCUUUACGGAUUACACGAAGAAGAGAUAUUGGUCUUCACAAAGUAUAGUCUUUCUAAAGAUUCUAUGAAUUCUAUGAUAUUUUUGGAAUGCAUAAGAAUAUGGCUAAUAACUUGUUAAAUUUGUCGAAAAAUCUUAUUUGUAUGUUAUUUAUGCAUAUGUUAUUGCAACGCAUUUUUCAUGUAAAUAUAAGAGAAUUUAAAUGAGAGAGUUUAAACAUAAGCAGGCGAGAAAGAUAUCUUCAUAAUUUUUUUAAAAUUUUGAGUGCGUGCGCAAUUCUAAAAUAGUUAUUAGAUUCGAAAAAAUUUAACCCUCUCAAUCCAAAACUAUUAGGCAUAAUUAGAU